AUGAUGGACUCGGGAUCAAAGACUCUUGAAGGGAUUGUGUCCGGUAGCAAAGAAGGUGUCGAAAGUGUGGAAUGUAGCACGCCUCCUCAACACGGCUCUCUGGGACAGGGUUCAGGAUUACUACCGGUCAAAAAGAAUUCCUCGCGAAGAAAUGCCUGGGGGAAUCACAGUUAUGCCGAUCUGAUCACACAGGCCAUCACCAGCGCACCAGACGAACGACUCACCUUAUCACAGAUUUAUGACUGGAUGACGGACAAUAUUCCGUACUUCAAGGAGAAAAGGGAGAGUAACAGCAGCGCUGGAUGGAAGUUAUGA